CGUCGCUCCGUGACGGAAGGACUGGCUAUCAGCUCUUCAAUGCUUUAACUCAGCCCGAUAAGAUCUUCUCUUGCAGACAUUAGUCUCUGCUUCUCUUGCCAUUUAAUUAUUUUAUCCUCGUAGAUCAAAACACAUGUUACAAUGGGCUCAAUACCAUCAUUAUCUAUCUUAAUUGUCGUGUCUUGUUUCGGAAUACUGGACAUCGAUUAUCUUCAACCCUCCAUUUAGAAUAACACCCUCCUUAUCCCGCCUACCUGAACCCCCGAUUCUAUCGUUACCCCCGAUCUUCUUGGAGAUAUAUAUAUAACAAGAUGUAUCAGAUCCUCCUCUUCACAUUCCUAUUUCUUGGCGGUUACGUCCAUUAUCUGUGGAAAGCCGAGGCCGCCCUUCACGAACCAUGGGUUCCCGACGUAGGCGACCGACUCUUCAGCCAGCGACCUCUUCCCCCGUUUAAGGAAUCGUCUAGUAUAGCAACCUAUACCUUUCCUCUACGGACUCAGGGCCGGGAUAUCGUCGAUGCUACCGGCCGUCGCUACAAACUCGCCAGCGUCAAUUGGUACGGAGCUAGCGAUGAGCUCUUCAUCCCUGGCGGACUCGAAGUACAGCAUCGCUCUGUUAUCGCUGAAACUAUCCGUAUGCUGGGCUUCAACAGCGUACGCUUACCUUACUCGGACGAAAUGGUCAUCCGCAACCCGCAUAUCCUCCCCCAUCUUCUCACCGCCAAUCCCGACCUCGUAGGUCUACGCGCUCUCGAUAUACUUCAAGCCGUCGUUGAGGCAUUGACCGAUGCCGGCAUCGCUGUCAUCCUCAACAAUCACAUCACAAGUGCGACGUGGUGCUGCGGCGCCGAUCCGUGCGACGCUGGCUGGGCCAACGAUCAAUUCGGCCCCUUGUGCAAAGUCUCACAGACCGAGGAGGAGUGGAUACAACAUUGGGAGACAAUCAUGCAGCCAUUUGUGAAUAACCCGAGAGUUAUCGGCGCUGACCUCAGGAACGAGGUCCGCGGCGUCUGGGGCACCAUGUCGUGGAACCGCUGGGCGGACGCUGCCGAGAAAUGCGGGAACAGGCUCCUCAAGAUGAACAGCGACUGGCUGAUCAUCGUCGGCGGGACAGAGUCCGGGAACGACCUGACGAAGGUACGCGAGCGGCCGAUCAAACUCGACGUGGCGGACCGCGUCGUGUACUCGGCGCACGUGUACGCGUGGUCCGGGUGGGGUAGCCGGGAGGGCCGGUACGCGAAGCGCAGCUACGCGUCCUUCAUCCAGGCGAUGCGCCAGAACUGGGCGUACCUAGUCGAAGACAACGUGGCGCCCGUCUGGGUGGGCGAGUUCGGCGCGCCGCACCAUCCCGGCGCCGGCGACGCAAAUUACUGGCGCAACCUGCUGCGGUACCUCAAACGCAUAGACGCCGACUUCGGGUACUGGGCCAUCAACCCGCGCAAGCCGAAAGACAACGUCCAGGAGACGUACGCGCUUGUGCACGACGACUGGAUCACGCCGAUUCUGGAUUAUCGCAUGCGUGAUAUGACGGAGUUGAUUGCCGGCUCGGGAGAGGGUGGUGAUGAUACGUCGGAUGGGGGGAAGAGCUUUGGCCCGGGAAGUUUAUAGCGCGUUCUGACUCGGGGGAAGCAUGCGCCGCGUUGUGUUUUUGGUUGGAAUGGCGUGGGGGAAUUGUGCUGGAAAUACCCAUCUAGGGAGCGGGAGGAUAAGGACGAUGAGGGCAUGUGCGUUCGCCUUGGCACGGUUGCUAAAGGGUAUUAUUUUGUGAGGGCGGCUAUUAUUCCCGACUGGCGGUGAUUGUCGUGGGUGAGGUUUAGAUUGUGGGUUGGUUAUGAGAGUUAGAUAGAUCCCUAGCGAGUGACUGGCUGGCUUUCGUCAUGCUGGCACGCGAGAGUUGGCUGUGGUUGUGGUUGUUGGGUUGAGGCGGACUGACUUGUCUGCCCUUCGGAAGCGAGUUAUAGAUACCUCUAGACAUGAGACCAAGUAUGAACAAUGAAUAGCGACAGAUUAUGAUUUUAGUUGAAUACUCUCGAUACAUGGGAUUUGUGUGGUUGUUUGAUACGUAAGUAUUGGUUUGGUUCUGGCCUGGAUUAGAGUGAUGGUCAUUAAGGCGAUUUUGUCACUCUAGUUUGGAGGACGGGACAAGGCCAGCGGUUAGCUAGGUAGAUAUUUU